AUGGAUAGUGUAGACCAGCAUGUUAAAAAUGAUAUCAUGUUAGAUAAUGAAAAAAUUAAAACUAUAAUUAUUAAUUUACUGGAUAAGAGUUUAUAUAUAGCUGAGACUGCUCAGGCUAUAUUAACACAUAUACAAGCUAUUGAACCUAUUGCUACGGAAGAAAUACUUGAUGAUGAGGGGAUAAUUUCUAUAAUUCAAGCUAAGAAAAAUAAUAUAUCAACUAGUCUAUAUUCUCAAGACUCAUAUUAUCAAGAUUUAUAUCCUCGAGAUAUAUACUCCCAAGAUUUGUAUCCUCAAGAUUCAUAUUCCUAUAACUCAUAUUCUCCAGACUUAUCUUCUCAAGAUUUAUCUUCUCAAGACUUAUCUUUUCAAGACUUGCAAAGUUUAUAUCCACAAGAUUCUUAUUUCCUAAUUUAA